AACUACAAUUCCCAGGAAGCACUGUGCGCCCAUGAACGGAAGUGAGGUGAGGCGCGAGCCGCAACCUUUGAGGGAAAGAGGAAGUGCUCGGGCGUCGCAGGGCCGGAGGCACGGGGAUAGAAGGAGCACCAUGUCCGCGGAAGUCCCCGAGGCAGCGUCGGCGGAGGAGCAAAAAGAAAUGGAAGAUAAAGUAACUAGUCCAGAGAAAGCUGAAGAAGCAAAGUUAAAAGCAAGGUAUCCUCAUUUGGGACAAAAGCCUGGUGGUUCUGACUUUUUAAGGAAAAGAUUGCAGAAAGGGAAAAUUAGAGUUAAAGCAUAUUUGAAUUCUUUCUCAAUAUUGGGAUCAGAGAAUGAUGGAGUAUAUGUGAAAGCAAAAGUAUUUUGAUUCUGGGGAUUACAACAUGGCAAAAGCAAAGAUGAAGAACAAGCAGCUUCCUGCUGCAGCCCCGGAUAAGACAGAGGUCACUGGUGACCACAUUCCCACUCCACAGGACCUCCCUCAGCGGAAACCAUCCCUGGUUGCUAGCAAGCUGGCUGGCUGAUUAAAAGAGCUGAACUGCAUGAGUCUUCUAAUGUCCUUUAUUUCUCCUUACUACGUUACUUACCCACUUCUGUUUCCUUUCACUCACUCUCAUUUGAGACUGACAGCUUUGCAGGUAGUGGUAGUGUGUGCUACUCUUGUAAGGGAGCAUCCAUGUGUAGAGGUUUUGGUUAGUUUCACAGUGCACUGAUGCAGAGGACAUGGAACAGCAACAUAAGUAAAUGACGUGACAAUAAUUGUACAUUACCUAGCUGGUGUAGGGCUGGCUCCAGCAAGUAGCAAGCAAGUUUUACCGCUUUAAUGCUCUGGCUUUCUUUAUUCUCUCCUACUUGCAGCUUUGUAUGUCACCUUAUUUAAUAGAACCUCUGUUGUGUUGAUUUCUUCUGCAUCUUCCUUUUGAAUUUUGUAAGACAGAAGUUUAAGACCACAAGUUGGAAGACAAGACACAUAAUCCAAACACAAGUAAAUGGGCUGCAAAAGAUUUGAUGGCUUGGACUUGACGGCCUUAAACCUGCUGUUCCAGCUUUAACAAGAGCAUCUUAUCUGGGCGAUAUUUGCCCGCUCUGGUGUGACUUGUGUGACUCCAGUGCUUACCAGCUGUCACUGAAGCUAGUGUUCUUCCUCGGUUCUGCAGUGUGUGGGGACAGCUUUCUCUGUUGAAGAUGUGAAUGGGCGUGCAUGUGCACUGACUAUUGCAUUCACUUUUGUGCCAUUUUUGUAAAUACAAUAGUUUUGCACAACCUUUUACAAAUGUCUGUAUUAAUUUCACCAUAUUAGAAAGUAGAUAAUGUGCCAACCAGAAGCACAAGAAUUCCUACACAAAUUUGCCUGCCAUUACUGCUUUUUUAUAAGAAUAGUUUACAAUCUUGAGCUUAUUAGAAUACCAAACUGAAAUAUACUCAGCCUGCUACAGAGUUAAGUUUUUUCAUUUGUUACUAAUAUUCAUGACUUUCAGUGGCCUUGUACAAAUAUGAUAUGUUGCUUAGGCAUAUCUUUUGUUCUAUGCAGAACAUUUCAUUUUGACUUUUACAAAAAAAUUACAAUUCAUAUAAUUUAUAUAGACUUUCUUAGUGUAGAAACUUUUUACUUCCACAUUCAGCUUUGGGCAUACUAAAGUAAAACUUUCGUUCUCUGUCUUCUGUUCUCUUCUCAGCCCCCGUCUGCUCUUUGCUUCUGUGACUCGUAUUGGGUUAUCUCAUUUAUAUAAAAGCCUAUGUGUCUAUCUUUACUUUUAAAACUUGCUUAAAUAAAAGAAUUUUUGUGAGGGUUUUUUGUUAUACUGAGAAUCAAACCACUGUCUCACAUGUGCUUAGUAAGCACUGUACCACAGAACUAUUCUUAUUUCUAAAGGAACUUUAUGAUGAAGCAAGGAGUUGAAAAGAGUUUUCUAGAAUAAGCUGAAUUCUGUUAAAUAAUUUUAAAUAAUUAGGAUGAACUAGGAGAAUAGGGCUAAUAAUUACAGUGAUUUGUGUGAUAGGUAAAACAUGCAUAUUAAAAUAUUUAGGUAUCUUCUAUAAUGUCAUUUUAAACAUUAGCAGACUUUAUUCAGACACACUUAUUAUUCGAGCUCUUCCCCCAGGAUGUCAGGCUGUAGCAUAUUGAACUGUAGCAGCCUGAGCUGAUGAGUUCUUCCUCUUCACCUUGGGCUAGGGUGAGGCCUACUCCCCUAUGGAAUCCAGGCAUCAUUUGUAUUAUGACUACAUUUGUGCACCUGCUUUCCUAUGGCUCCGUACUAGUGAUUAGUCCUGCUCCACUCAACCUGAGGCAGAAAAGCAGCAUACUUUACACUCCACAUUGGUAAUUUUACAGCUCAGUUCUAUAUAAAUGUAUUUGUAAUGAGCAAAUGAGUUAUUCCAUAAUAUGUGCAAUUCCUCAUAAGAUUGCUAGUCUUUUCCCCCGUGGAGAUUUGUAAGCCCAGCCCCAUUGAGUUCAGAUAGAUGACUCUGAGGUAAGAGUGACCGUGCUCUUCCUCAACAGCAGACUUACAGUCUGACAUGAGUAACACCUGCUUGCAUUUUGAUUUGUAAAAGGACACUGAUGUUUAACCUACCUCAAGACUUGAGGAUCUGUGAAGUACUAAGUGCCCCAAAUAUUACUAUCUUUUCAAAAAUAGAUUUCCUCACUAAACCAACCUGCCUUCUAUAAAGUAGCAGUGCUUAAAAUCUCAGGAUUUUCCACUAGGAAAGACCUGUUAAGGAUUUGUAUGUAUCGCUGCAUGGCUUCCAUUGGUGCUUGAGAGAGGUUUUACAUUUUUCUGGUUUUUGUUCUACUUCAAAGCUCAAUUGUAGAUACUUUUGCAGGCUCUUUGGUCAUUUAGUAGAUUUUGAUGAAAUGGGCUUAAUUUCCGUGUCAAAGCUGUGCCUGAGGAAUGGCUAAUUUUAAUGUUAGAGUAACUUGAGGUUGAGGAAAAUACUAAAGGCCAACUGGCUAAAGCCUAAAUCUGUUUUGUUCAGUAGCUCAUAAACAUCUGAAGGCUAUGUCUGACUAACACUUGCACCUCAUGUCUAGUUGGAAUAGCAUUUGGAUGGUUUGGAGGGAACAUGUUUGCAGUUCUACAGGUUGUUAGAGAAUCUUGUACUGCUGGUCUGAAGGUAUGUCUAAAAAGUUCAAGGCAGUCAUGACAAGGCCUCUACUUGUUAUUACUUCCACAGUUAGAAUUAGUUGCUCUUUUUACUUGAUGUAACCAAAGUAUACCUCUGAAUAUGUUUCGCUAUUCAUUACUAAGUCAGACUUGUAUUCUUGAUCUGGAUAUCACAAAGUCUUAUCAAAGCUGAAAUAUCAACCCAAACUGUAAACUUAGUGAUUGCCGGUCAGAAGCAGGUAGUCUGUGAGAAGAACUGUUCUGAGCGGUUACCAAGGCCUUGUCUGUGAUCGCCUCAUCACAUCCUCCAACCUUCAGACUACAUAAUUGUAACCCAAUUUCCUCACUAUGUCCACCCCUGAAGCCCACUGUAAGCACUUCACUUACAUUUUCUAAAGCACCAUCUUAAUCUCACUUGGCAUGUCCUGCCAAUCUUAACCCAAGAUGCUUUCUCCAACUUAUUACUGCUACGGUUAAGAAAUUGGGAUUAAAAGUACCUGUGGUGUUUGAUAUAUAGAUGACAGUUAGACGCUUACUAGUUCUAGCCUUCAAAGGAGGUAGACCUUGGGUUUCAUCCUAUAAAUUUCUGGUGGUGGUGAUAACUCAUAAAUGUAUGUUUGUAUGGUAUUUAUCAACUAAAUAGCAGUAGAAAUAGAGAUCCAAUUCCUUUAGUACCGUGCCCUCAAAUCUGUCAAUGCAUCUCCACCAUUUGAUAUGCAAUAGGACACUGCCUGUUUGCAGAGGGCCAACAUAAAUGCCUUUUCUUGUUAAAGAUGUCUGUAGAGUUGGCAGUUAAUGCUGAAGUUUGUCAAAUAGCUCAUCCAAACUUAUACUUGUAAAAUACACCCAAAAUAAAUGGAUCUACCUAAUUUUUAUUGAUUUUAA